CCUUCUUCCUUCUCUCCAUUUUUGUAAUUUCUGCAUUCAUAUUAGCUGAUUCCACAUACCUAGUUUACUGCAUGCAAUUUCUUCAAGCCUCUCUCCUUCCCUAAGACCAGUUUUGUUUAAUUAUCAACCCUCAGCAGGCCGAUCUUGGGUCUGCUUAGAAAAGACUAGAUGCUAGCAUUGUUAUAAAUAUGUCUUUCAAAAUGGGGGCUGGGGAGAGGUAAAAGAGCCACAUGAUCAGAUUCAACAACCCAGGAUCCCGUAAUGCUGCUGCGUUAGUAAAUUAUUGCACUCAGAUGGAAGCUGUGUUCCUGCUGAAUGAAACGGAUCGCACCAACUUCCUCCGGUUGCUUAUGCAGUCUUUCGGCUGCACUUACAUUUGUCUCUGGUCCUACUUUCCCCAGUCCAACUGUUUGAUAUUUCAUGAUGGAAAGUACAGAGAAGAAGGAAACCAACCCAGUUCCUCAACCGGAACUCUUGCUUGGAGGCUCUUCCUUGAAUAUCAGCAAACACAAAUUCCAAUCGAAAAUGACAGUCGCGUUCCUGGAUUUGCGUUCAGGAACAACACACCAUACUUUGAGCUUAGGGAUCUUGAUCUUCAAAGAAUGACAUCCAAUGAGACACAGCUCCAGUUUUAUCGGGAAGCAAGGAUUAAGGUAGCAGUUUUCAUGGGUUGCAGAGCUGGCGAGAUUGAACUAGGUUUCUCAAAUGGGACACAAAUUAACAUAGAGAUGAGGAUGAGGGAGUUUUUCCCAGAAGACUUUUUGCAGUCGCCGCCGCCGCCGGGAUUAGGAGAGCUUCCACAGCAGCUAACCGUUGAUCCCAAUCCAACCAGGGCAGUUUCUUCUUCUUCUUCAUCACUGAGAUCCCUCUCCACCGGCAGCCCGGACUCUUCUCUCAUUUUUAACAUUCCAAGCUCAUCUCAUAUAGCAACAGAGACAGCCGGUUGCUCGUCCUCGUUGCCACCAAUUUCUACGAGAACCACCGCGGCCGCCGCCACUACUCCUCUCCACCAAGCAAUGCAAACCUUAUCUCAAAUCCGAACCAUUCCGCUGCCAUCCCUAGAGUCGGAGCAUGCUACAAUGACACAGGCCUUCUUGGCCGUUCUAACCUCUCCUUCUUCUUCUUCUACCCCUACUUCACACCACCGUCCCCAGCAAAAUCUGCCUUACAGUUACCAGCUAAACCCAAAAGCCAGUGCUUUCAAGCGUUACGCCACUCCAGCGUCCUUAGCCCCAACAACACCUCAGACAAGAGCCGGUCUACGGAAGCGGAAUAUUCUAAAUCGAUCAAUUUUGUUUUAUAGAAGUUUACACGCAGGCAGGCGCCAACUUGUUCUGGGAAGCGGAGCUGGCAGCCGUCCCACCAGCACCCAAUUACACCAUAUGAUGUCUGAGCGCAAGCGGCGCGAGAAGCUCAACGAAAGCUUCCAGGUCUUGAGAUCACUUCUUCCUCCAGGAACAAAGAAGGACAAGGCGUCGGUACUUAGUUGCACAAGGGAGUACUUGAGCUCCCUAAUAGCUCAAGUGUCGGAGCUAAGUGGCAAAAACCAGUUAUUAGAGGCGCAGCUAUUGCAGUCAAAGGAGGCGGCGAAGGAAGUAAUUGAAACUAAUUCCUCAAACCAAAGAAUGAAUGUUAGAAUUAUCCACGCCUUGGAAUCAACCUCGGAGGAAAGGUUCGUCGACCUUAGAAUCAGUGUGAGGGGAGAAUGUUCUGUAAUGGAUAUGUUAAUUCGGUUACUGGAAUUCUUGAGGCAAGACAGAAAUGUCAACUUGAUGUCCAUGGAAGCAAACACCAUUGCAGCAGAACCAGGUCCCUUGAACAACAUAAACUUCAGAUUAAGAAUUGAGGGUAAUAAUGGAUGGGACGAGUCUGCCUUCACGGAAGCAGUAAGAAGACUUGUAGCUGACCUGGCACGGUGAUAGCUGGGCGAAUCACCCCCUCACACAACUCACAGCCAGAUAUGUUAAAUGUUCUUUUCAAUUCUUAACUGGUAAGAUAAAAUGUUAGUCUGGACUGAAAAUGACAAUUAUUCGUAUAAAACUUAGACUGACAA